AUGCACUUCCAUUAUGGCCUUGGAGUAGGGCAUGUGUACUCUCAUGAGGCUCGAAUCCCAGAAUGCCCUUGUUCGGCGCAAGAGGCACCUCACCCUGUCCCACAGACCACACCACAGUCAAGCAAAUGUUCAGAAAGGGACGAAACCCUCGUGGAGACCUCUAACUGGCAAGCUCCUGCUGACAAUGACGAUGAAGGGGACGAAGAGGAAGAUCACGUUGGAGUCGAAGAACUGAAUUUCUUUGAGCAGGAACAAAAUGGCAGCUCGGAGUCACUCGUCGAGGCACUAGACGAGAUGUUCACUGACCAUUGUUACAUACUGUAUACCCCAUCUGACGGCGUUGGGCACCAAUAUGACUUGUGGUUGCUUCUUGCAAGCCCCAUCGAAAACUAUUCACUCAUUUCCGGCAGUCAAUUCACUUGUUUACGGCGGCCAAUUACUCGUUUCUGGUGGCCAAUUUACCAAUCCCUAGCCAUCACCACUGGCCACGAUUUGAUGAUUCCUGACCUUCGCCAAUCGCUGGCCAUUGCAAUUUCAUUUAUCGGUCCCUCCAAUUUUGUGCUGCCUCCAAGUUCUUUGAUCACCAUGCAAGCUCUUCCCCCUGCUCCGAUUUACGUGUACUUGUCAAAACGGAAGCAGGCCUUCAGGCUUGUCCAGCUACCUCUGUUCAUUGGAUUCGCCGAGCACCUUUUCCUCAUAGGAUAUCUUGCGCACAUCUACCGACAGAUUUCGCCACUUUACUGCGCAGAGUUCGCACCAGACCUUGUUUUGCCAACUGUAGGGGUGUUGGCCAUCGCGCAGCAGGGGGAUGUAGUAUUUCACACUGUAUUUGAAAAAGAGGCUGGUGACGGUGAUUUUCUUUGGAACGUGAACACUGCGUUUUGCAGCCCAAACUUCAGAGGGCUUGGCAGUGCCUUGUGGCCCGUCACAUUGUUGUCGCACCAUUCAAUCAUAUUCAAUGCAGCACUGUUUCCCUACGGAGACUCGGCACCUGCACCUGUUCUGCACAUAUCACACCUUCCUUCGACUGAACUUGAUGAAGUGGUUCCUGAUGGAUCCAUACUACCUGCCCCUCUCGCUGCCACAGCACCUCUUCCGCACGUGUCACAGGCCCCAGCCCUUCCUUCAACUGACGAAGUAUUUCCUUAUGAACCCAUGGCACCUGCCCCCCUUGUUGCCGCCGAGGCGGCUCCUCAUCUGCACAUGUCACAGGCUUCAGUCCUUCCUUCGACUGACAAAGUGUUUCCUUAUGGACCCAUGCCAUUUGCCCCUCUUGCUGCCAUUGAGGCAGCACCUCUUCUUCAUAUAUCUUCCGCCCCUCCGUCGAUUAACAAACAGUCUGUAUACACGUUAUAUUAUCCAUCCAUUACCUCAUUUAACGGCUACACCGAGAACUCGAGUGAUCACCCACUCGUUACUGCUGCGCCAGCUGGUUCCAUCGAGGAUCUGAUGGUGGUGUUUCACCAGGCGUUGAUCUGGAAAGGUGUGGAUGUCAAGUUGGAAUCUGACCUCCGGGUGGCUAUUUCUGCCGCACUGGGAAAAUACCUCUGGAAUCACGUAUUAUUCUUGACAAAGUGCCUUUACCUCGGUUCUCUAUGGGUCGGAGUAGCAAACCCAUUCAAUCUUUCUGAACCAGCAGGAAGGCGGCUGAUUAGCACUUGCUUGCUCAUGGCAAUAGAUCUCGAUUGCACCACGUUACAAUAUCUGGAAGACAACCCAGUGAUCGUGAAGGGUCAGGAAACCUCACCCGUCAGAUGGAACACGCUUCGUCUAACUUUCUGUAAUCACAUCGAGAACAGAACUUCGGAGAUGCGUAAAGCCGUCCGGGCCUGCAUAUUAACACCCACGGGAUUUUCAGGUUCCACAAUGGAGGAGCAGAAUGCGAGAGUUGAUUACUUUUUUACACUUCUCUUGUCAACUCAUCGAGAAAGAGUUCAGCAGGCUAUUACAGAAAUCAUGGAGCUCCAAUUAUUCAAAGAACUUCUUUGGAUAGCCCUUUUUCAACUGAUGAACGGCUUGUGCAAGGGCAAUCGUGACGGGAGAAUCGCAGACUUCUUUCCUGAAGAAAUCCGAGGGCCCAAUGGUCUAUUACAGAAGGGUGUAGUGGGGACAUUACUAACCAUUGUUCACAGAGGCAAUCAAGAUGUUGCCUUUCUUAAGCGCCGCAAAUGUGUUUCCGAUGGACACAAAAAACCUCUGUCCAAAGACGUGCCCGCAAAAGAGGCGACCAAAACGUCUGAGUGA